CAUAAUAUCUCUGCCCUUUUAUUUGUCACGCGUCAAAAAUCUCCCUCUACACCUAUUCCUACUGCUACUAUAUAUAACCCAUUCCUUUGCCCAUCACAAUUCAGUUUUAAUUUCUUUUCCCCUUUCUUUCAGUUUCUCUGCACCCAAACACUGCACAAUGUUUCGUCUAAGCAACAAUUUAGUAGGAUUCCUCAACUUCAUAACAUUUCUUCUCUCGAUCCCAAUCCUGGGCGCAGGGAUCUGGCUGCGGAACCAUGGAACCUCCGAAUGCGAGAGGUUUCUUGACACGCCUGUAAUCGUGUUGGGCGUUUUCUUGAUGUUGGUAUCGUUGGCCGGUCUUGUCGGAGCGUGUUGCCGCGUGUCAUGGUUACUCUGGCUUUAUCUAUUGGUUAUGUUCAUCUUGAUUGUGUUGCUCUUUUGUUUCACGAUCUUCGCUUUUGUUGUCACUAAUAAAGGUGCUGGUCAAGUCCUGUCUGGAAGAGGAUAUAAAGAGUAUAGAUUGGGUGAUUAUUCUAAUUGGUUACAAAAGAGAGUUAAUAAUACUAAGAAUUGGAACAAGAUUAAGAGUUGUUUGGCUGAUAGUAAAGUUUGUUCUGAUUUUAAUCAGAAGUAUUUGAAUGAUACUCUUACCAUCUUGUAUACCAGGCACUUAUCUGCUGUUCAGUCUGGUUGCUGCAAGCCAGCAGAUGAAUGCGCUUACCAGUAUGUAAGCCCAACCAAUUGGACACCCGGAGCUACAAAUUCCACAAAUCCUGACUGUGCUGCAUGGAGCAAUGAUCAGAAUAUUCUUUGCUUCAACUGCAAUUCAUGCAAGGCUGGACUGCUUGACAACCUCAAGAGUGAUUGGAAGAAGGUUGCUGUGGUGAACAUCAUAUUCUUGAUCUUCCUAAUCAUUGUCUACUCUGUUGGAUGCUGUGCUUUCCGGAAUAACAGAAGGGAUAAUCACUUUUCUGGAUGGAAGCAUAACCCUUGAGAGACACAGAUUAGUUUAACUAGAGCAUGAACUGGUAUAUUAAUGUCUGCAGUAGGAUUAGUAGUUUUAGGCAGCCACCUCUUUAUUUGCUGCUGUGUUUGUUAUCAUGUUAGAUAUCUGCUCCUUUGGGUUCUUUCUCUCUUGUAUAGCAUUUUAUAUGCUUGAAUUUUAUUUGUUUAAUUUUUUUUUUUUUGUUAUGUUUUUAUUAGAACACAUUGGAUAUAUAUUAAUUCUAUAUUCCUUUAUGCUUUAAA